CACUAUUUGAGCAAUAGUGAAAACCGGUCUCCUCGUCCCAAAAAAUAUUUAGCGAAGCUCGUGACAUGAACGACACAGGCGAGGUCAUCCAGGCUGUCUUAAUUGGCCUCAUCGUCGUCAGUUUCUUUCUCAAAACCUGUCGAGUUCUACAUGUCGGUGGAUUUUGUAAGAAAUGCUUGGUUUUCAAUCACAACAAAGGAGUCGUACACAGAAUCCUCAAAUGGUACAUGGCUCAGCAUCUGGCCAUAUUUGAUAUCUAUUGUCUCACCUCUGACGACUCGAGUGUAAUCGAAUAUGGAAAGAGGUUUCUUGACACACUUCACGACUAUGGCGAGAAAUCUUUAGAAGGUAACCUGCUCCUAACACUAGCCGAACUCUGCGAAAGCCAUGGGAAACUAGUUGAUGCAGAAGAACUCUUUCAAAAGGCAGCAGAAAUCAAUAAUGAAAUGGGUGCCAGUAGCGAAGAAGCCUUUUGUUACGAGAGACUAGGAAUUGUCCUGCACUCUCUCGGUGAAUACGUCAAAGCGACGGUAUUGUUCGAGAAUGCACUGAAGAUCAGAAUGCAAGAGGGUGACAAAACUGGACAAGCCAGAAAUUACUCCAACCUCGGGGCCAUGUUUCAGUCUCUUGGUAAAUACAUGAAGGCGAAAGAGUAUCUCGAAGAAGCACUUUCUAUCACAAAAGAAACAGGCGACAAGGAUAUAGAAGCGAGUUCUUAUGAAAACCUAGGCAUAGUGUUGGAGGGAAUUGGUGAAUAUAACAAGGCAAAAGAGCAUCACGAAAAGUCACUCGCAAUCAAACACGAAAUUGGUGACCAAAAAGGUAAAGCCUUGACUUACGUGAACCUUGGAAAUGUUUUUCUAUCUAUUGGUGAAAAUGCUAGAGCUAGAGAAUGUCUUGCUAAGGCUCUUGCGAUGUAUCAAAAAGCUGAUGAAAGAAAAGGUGAAGCGACUUGCUACGGAAACAUUGGAACCGUUUUACAGCGUCUUGGUCAAUAUCAAGAGGCAAAGGAUUAUCACGAAAAAUGCCUGAAAAUCAGUCGAGAUAUUGGUAACAGGAAUGGAGAGGCAUCAUCUUAUUGCAACCUAGGAAAUGUCUUUCUAGCUUUGGGUGAAAAUGCCAAGGCUAGAGAUUAUUUUGAAAAAGCGAUUGAAAUCAAAGAACAAACGGGUGACAAAUUGGGCAAAGCAAAAUGUUAUGGAAAUCUAGGAAAUGUGUUCCAGCAUCUUGGCAAAUAUCGUAAGGCACAAGAUUAUUACCAGAAAGCACUUUCAAUAGAACAAGAAAUCGGAAACAAAAAAGGAGAGGCAGCAUGUUAUGUGAGCCAAGGUAAUGUGUUUCAACAUAUUGGUGACUAUGCAAAGGCUAAAGAUAAUUACGAAAAUGCGAUUAGAAUCCAACAAGAAAUUGGUGACAUCAAUGGUGAGGCUAAUUCUUUCGAGGGUUUAGGAACUUUGUUAAAAAGUGUGGGUGAUUAUAGCGAGGCAGAAGCUUAUUACGGAAAAGCUGUCGCAAUCAGGCGAAAACUCGGGAACAGAAGAGGGGAAGCUUCGUCCUACUUGAACUCUGGAACUUUGUUCCAAUACCAAGGUGAGUAUUUCAAGGCAAAGGAUCACUAUGAAAAAGCACUUGCAAUCGCUCAAGAAAUCGGCGCUAGGAAAGAAGAGGCAAUAUGUAAAGGAAACCUUGGAACUGUGUUUAAACAUUUGGGUGAAUAUGUAAAGGCAAGGGAUUACUACGAGAAUGCGCUAACAAUCCAUAAGGAAAUGGGAAAUAGAAGAGGUGAAGCUUCGUCUUAUGGGAACCUUGGUGCUCUGUUUUAUUCUCUUGGAGAAUAUGUCGAAGCACAAUAUUAUUUGGAAAAAGACGUGGGGAUACGAAGAUAA